CAGGCAAGAUUCAGUUCGUGUACGCUUACAACAGCUCCGCGCCCCACGCCGCCUCCUCCUUCCGCUCCGCCGUCGCCCCCUUUGCGCCCUACACGGCCGAGCGGACCACCACCCACCACCACCCACUCCCACACCCCAUCCCUGACCCCCAGGAUCGCCUGCCCUCGGACACCGAGCAGCUAGCGGGCACGGAUCAGGAGCAGGAAGAGGAGGAAUCCGAGGAGGAGCGCGCAGGUAGCGGACCCUCCGUCAAGCCGCUCAUCGCGACAACAACAAUAGUACCGGAAGCGGUACAAAAGCAGCAAGCGACGACCCAAGGAGCAACAGAGACGGCGACAAUGGCGGUGGUGCGAAAGAAACAGGAUGACAAGUACCUGCUCGCCCUGCGGGAACUGGUGGCCAGCGGUUCGGGGGGCAAUCGGCAGUGCUUCGACUGCGGGCAAAAGGGACCGACCUAUGUGAACAUGACCAUCGGAUCCUUUGUCUGCACCCGCUGCUCCGGAGUCCUACGCGGUUUGACGCCACCACAUCGGGUGAAAUCCAUAUCGAUGGCCACAUUCACACAGGACGAGAUCGACUUCCUGCGCAGCCACGGCAACGAGCUGUGUGCCAAGACCUGGCUGGGAUUGUGGGAUCCCAAGCGGGCCGCCCACCAGCAGGAGCAGCGUGAGCUGAUGAUGGACAAGUACGAGCGCAAGAGGUACUACCUGGAGCCGGCCAGUCCGCUCAAGUCGCUGGCCAAUGCGGUCAAUCUGAAGUCAUCCGUUCCGGUAACGAAUCACAUUCAGAAUGGCCAGCACCACAACGGUUAUGCCAGCAUUCAUCUGACUCCGCCGGCUGCACAGAGGACCUCGGCCAAUGGAUUGCAGAAAAUGGCCAACAAUUCAUCCAGUAACAGCUCCUCGGGAAACUCCUCCUCUUCGAUCAGCCGGCCACAUCAUCAUCAUCAUAACCAUAAUCAUCACAACAACAGUAGCAGCCAAAAUAACAAUCACGAUGCCUUUGGUUUGGGUGGCGGAUUGAGCAGCCUCAACAGCGCAGGUUCCACAUCCACGGGAGCUCUUUCCGACACCAGCAGUUGUGCCAGCAAUGGCUUCGGUGCGGACUCCGAUUUUGUGGCCGACUUUGGUUCGGCCAACAUCUUCGAUGCCACAUCAGCAGCGCGCUCGACAGGAUCGCCGGCAGUGUCCUCCGUCUCCUCGGUGGGCUCUAGCAAUGGCUACGCCAAGGUGCAGCCCCUCCGGGCAGCUCAUCUACAGCAGCAGCAACAGCAACUUCAGAUGCAACAGCAGCAGCAGCUCCUCAAUGGAAAUGGUCACCAGGGUGGUGCUGAGAACUUUGCCGACUUCGAUCAUGCACCCAUCUUCAAUGCAGUGGCUCCACCAACUUUUCACGAUUGGAUCAGCGACUGGAGCAGGCGGGGCUUCCACGAUCCCUUUGACGAUUGCGAUGAGUCGCCACCGACUCCGAAUCCUCCAUUUCCUGCUCAAGUUUCCGCUGCGGUAUCAUCGCCACCACUGCCAACUGUAAAAGAAGAACCAGAAGAGCUGGCGUGGAACUUCUGGCAGGAGGAGAUGCUAAUAGAGGAAGGGCAUCAUCAGGAUCAGCAGUCCCUUUUCCAUGGCACUACGCCUUUCUCACCCUCGAAUCCCUUCCUGACCUACUCAAGCAAUGAGGAACACCAUCUUCCGGCACCAUCUCCUCCAGAGAAGCCCUCCUAUUCGUAUUUGUUGUUCAGCUCCAUAUCAAACAGUUCCCUAGAGGAAGAAGUUCAGGCGGACGAUCAAGAGAUGAAUAUUUUAAAUGCCAAUUUCCAUGAUUUCUUUACGUGGAGUGCUCCCUUGCAGAAUGGCCAUGCGACAAGUCCGCCGAAAGGCGGAAGUGCUGCCAUGGCGCCCAGUGAGGAUCGAUAUGCCGCUCUCAAGGAUCUGGACGAGCAGCUGAGGGAACUGAAGGCCAGCGAAACUGCCACGGAGGCGCCCACGCCCACUAAUGGCAAUGGCCAGGCCACAGAUGCCUUUGGUGGCGCCCUCAACAACAAUCCAAAUCCCUUCAAGGGGCAGCCACAGCAGCAGCAGCAGCUCAGUAGCCACAUGGUGAAUCCAUUCCAGCAGCAACAGCAGCAGCAGCACCUCCAUCAGAAUCUCUAUGGCCAGUUGACGCUCAUACCAAAUGCCUACGGCAGCAGUCCCCAGCAGCAGAUGGGGCACCAUCUCCUCCAGCAGCAGCAGCAGCUUCAGCAGCAUCAGCAGCAGCAGAGCUUCUUCAACUUCAACAACAACAAUGGGUUCACCAUCUCACAGGGUCUGCCCAACGGCUGCGGCUUUGGCAGCAUGCAGCCCGCUCCGGUGAUGGCCAACAAUCCCUUUGCAGCCAGCGGCGCCAUGAACACCAACAAUCCAUUCUUAUGAGACUCAAGCCGGGAGAAUUCGCCACUCGCCACUUGGCAGAGGCGCUGAGCCACCAGCGAACAAAGAGCAGCAGCAGAGGUAGAAGCGCGGCAGAGGAACCGCACCGAAAUUAGUCCAUUUUACGAACAAUAGCGUUAAUCUAUAUAUAUAUAUACAUAAUACAAACGCCGGAGAGCAGUCUCUGUGUACAUAGCUCAAAUAUGUACACCCCGAAGGGCUCCUCCUCGCUCCACGCUGACGCGCUAAUCCUGGAGAGAAGGGGGCGUUGAUAUAUUCUUUUACAUGGUAACUCUACUCUAACGUUUACGGAUUCGGAUACGGAUACGGAUAUUUGUAUUUGCCGUUUGCCCUAGAACUCUCUACUUGUACUAAGCGCGCGCCCAUACGAACACAUCAUCCACUGAACUAACAUAGCUACUAAUCCCAAUCCUAGUGGAGGAUGCAGUUGGCCCAGAUUCUCUGUUAUUUGUUUUGUCUGUCCUCGUCCCAUUUUGUCUUUGUCCCAUUUAGCACUUUCGUUGCGGAUAAGAACUCUUUGUGUGGCCUUAAUAAGAUUAUAAAACUAUAUAUAUUAUAACGUACUACUAUAUAUAUAUACGGAUACAGAUUACAGAUACUACAGAUAUAUACAAAUAUGCUUUUGUACCUAAUGAAUUGUGUAAUUGCUUCUUGUUUUCAUUGCCAAUCGUCUGCUUUCCGUGUGCUAAGUUUAUAUAUUAGUACGUGCGAUAUCGGCCGUGCAGAUAAAUUGCUCAAGUCGUUUGGUUGCACCCACAUCCACACCUAGAACCCAAAACCCACGGCAGACAUUUGUACAUAUACUGUCUGAUUGUAAGCCCCGUGUAAUGCCUCCAUUAACACCAGUCCCUAGUUAGUCCCCCACCCACCCAUCCAUCGCACCCCGAAUCCAUGACUCAAUUCACUGCUCACAUGUCCAUGUCCAGAUAAGAAGCAAGAAUUUUUCCAUUUUUAGCCUUAACGUGUCAAACAUUAUCGAAGCCUUAAAGUUAUUUAAACUACGAAAAUUUCAAUAAAAACAAAUAAGAACGCUA